UGGAUCUAUAUAUUUGUCAAAGCGGAUGGGUUGCAUUCUUACUACUCAUCCCGCAUAAAAGCAAGAAGGUUAAAGGAGCUUGUGUUUUUGCAAAAAAUCCGAAACCAAAAUGAACAAGCUAUCAGCUUGCAGUUCUAUGGCCUGUGGAAUUUCUUUGCAGCCUAAGAUGGUCCUGGCCAGUUUGAGAGUACGUAAGCAGGGAAACGGUCGUUGCACAAAUGUACCCCGUAAUGUAAACUUGGAAAAGCUGCAAAAUAACUAUUUGUUUCCUGAGAUUUCAAAGCGGGAGCUGCAGCACCUGGAAAAGUACCCAAAUGCAAAAGUAAUUAGCCUUGGAAUUGGUGAUACCACAGAGCCAAUUCCCGAGCAAAUCAGCCUUAGCAUGGCUAAUUAUGCACAUGCCCUUUCAACCGCUGACGGUUAUAGGGGCUAUGGAGCUGAGCAAGGGAAUCAGGCAUUGAGGAAAGCAAUUGCCGAAACAUUUUAUAAGGAUGUCGCCGUAAAGGAUACGGAAGUUUUUGUAUCAGAUGGUUCUCAGUGUGAUAUUUCCCGCCUUCAGCUGCUUUUAGGUUCAAAAGUGACAAUAGCCGUGCAGGAUCCAUCUUUUCCGGGUUAUAUAGAUUCAAGUGUCAUAAUCGGCCAGGCUGGUAAUUUUCAAGACAAAACUGGGAAGUAUCAAAACAUUGAGUACAUGCAGCUUGGCCCUCAGAAUAAUUUCUUCCCUGAUUUAACGGUCACUCCAAGAACGGAUAUCAUCUUCUUUUGUUCACCAAAUAAUCCUACAGGUCAUGCAGCUACAAGGAAGCAAUUGCAGCACCUUGUAGAGUUUGCAAGGGAUAAUGGAUCAAUUAUUAUUUUUGACUCCGCUUAUGCAGCCUAUAUCUCUGAUGACAGUCCUAAAUCAAUCUUUGAAAUUCCUGGUGCCAAAGAGGUUGCAAUUGAAAUUUCAUCAUUCUCCAAAAUUGCUGGGUUCACUGGAGUUCGUCUUGGUUGGACGGUAGUGCCUGAAGAACUCUUGUUUUCAGGUGGGUUUCCUGUCAUACAUGAUUUCAACCGCAUUGUAUGCACCUGUUUCAAUGGAGCAUCCAAUAUAGCUCAGGCUGGUGGACUAGCAUGCCUUUCUCCAGAAGGUUUCCAGGCUAUCUGUGCAGUGAUCGACUACUACAAGGAGAAUGCAAAGAUAUUGGUAGAUACGUUUGCCUCUCUUGGCUUAGAAGUUUAUGGCGGUGUCAGUGCCCCGUAUGUUUGGGUGCAUUUUCCUGGUUCAAAAUCAUGGAAUAUAUUUGCAGAAAUUCUUGAAAAGACUCAUAUAAUAACGGUACCAGGAUCUGGUUUUGGCCCUGGUGGUGCAGAGUAUAUCAGAAUCAGUGCUUUUGGGAAAAGAAAGCACAUCAUAGAAGCAUCAUGGAGGCUGGAAAAACUAUUCUCCAAGGGAAAACCCCUUUGUAACUGUCUAAAAUAAAAUUAAAAAAAAAAAUGGUGUGUUUCACCGGCCAUGCCAUCUCAUGGUGUAAUCAUUGUGUAAAAUAAUAAAAUAACCAGUGCCAUGUAAGUUGGAUCCCUUGGACUGAUGAUAUUCAAGUGUUAAAUAUUGGUUGGCUAUAAGUCUUUCUUAUAA